UCGUGCCCAGAGGAAGGGACCACGACGUCUCGGGAACUUCCCGUUCACCCCAAGUGCCGACCCCGGCAGGAACGUAGACCUGGCAAAGACGGGUGGGUGUGGGCUCAGGGGCCCAGAUGGGGCGAGUGUUGUCGGAAGAUGUUCCCUGCAGACUGGGGUGCGGGAGCUGACUGCAGCGGGAGCGGGGAAGAUCCAGGCCGGCGGGUAAUGCGCGUUUCCGUAUUGGAUACUGACCGUGAGCCCGGCACAAAGCGCGCCCUGGCGUUGGACUUAGAAGCCAGAAAGACCGGAUAAAUUCCGCCUUUGUCACUUGGGCAUAAGUGAGGUUCUUAUCUGAAAAUAAGGAUAGUAGUUAAAAACUGCUUUGUGGCGUUGUUCAGAAAGAGGCCUAAAUCUCAACGUCUUUGGAACGUUCUUUGGAAUGUCUUUGGAACGUUCAGCUCUUGUGUAGCAAGCAGGAGAGGAGCCCUGGGGACAGGAGUCCCACCUGGAAGAAAAGUUUAUCUGACAGGAACCAUAUUCACCAAAGUUUCAGAACAAAUGCAGAAGAACCCAGAAAGGAGUGGGUCCUAAUUUGUUCCACCAGAAGCAUUUUGUCAUUACCUUUUCCAGAAAGAGCCAGACUUGGUGAUGUCACCACAUCCAGAAGCCAUCACAGACUGUAUGACAGUGGAAACUGGUCCAGCUUGCAGAAGGUGCUUAUCCUUCACAGUUGUCUGUACUCUCCCAACAACAGCAGAAAAUGGACACAACUCAGGCAUCAGUGUCAUUCAAGGACGUGACUGUGGAGUUCACCCAGGAGGAGUGGCAGCAAAUAGGUCCAAUUCAGAGGACCCUGUAUAGAGAUGUGAUGCUGGAGAACUACAACAACCUGGUCUCAGUGGGGAACUGCAUUUUCAAACCAGCAGUAAUCUUCAAAUUGGAGCAAGGAGAGGAGCCUUGGUUCUUAGAAGAAGAAUUCUUAAACCAGAGCCACCAAGAAGAUUACAGAGAUGAUUACCUGAUCAAGAGGAACAAGAAAAUCAAAGACAACCACUUUCAGGAAGUAAUAUCCAUUGAUAAUAAACUAUUGACUGGAGAGGAAGAGGAAAUUUUGGGAAAACAGUUUAAUCUGCACAUAGCUCCUGUUUCAACAAAAAUGUCCUGUAAAUAUGACUCAUGGGGAGUAAAUUUGCAAAAUAUUUCCCAAUUUAUCAUUAAUAAUAGAAACUAUUCAACAAAAAAACGAGAUUGCUGUAGUGUAUGUGAAAAUUUGUCUUUCAAAAUUAAGUUUGAGAGAAAUCACACUGGAGAGAAGUUAUAUGAAUAUAAUAGAAGUGGGGAAGCUUUCAGUUAUAAGGAAAAUCCUCCUGAGAGUCAAAAGUGUCAAACGUUGGAGCAAGCUUUUAAAUGUAAUGAAAUUGGAAAAACCAUCUAUGAUGAGGCUGCCUGUGUUACACAUAAGAAUAUUCACACAGGAGAAAAAUCCAAUAAAAAUGAUGGAUUUAGGGGAAAAAAUGAAAAAACAACUGUCUUUAACUAUAAAACAACUGGGACAGGGGAGAAAUACCCUCAUCUUAACCAAUGUGGGAAAUCCUGUGAGAAGUCAGCUCUCAAGGAAUACAAUAAAUUCAACAUGGCUGUGAAACAUGAAUGUAAUGCAAGUGGGAAUAAUUUCUACAGGAAGUCAUACUUCACUCAACCUCAGAUACCUGUCACAGAAGAGAACUCAUUAGUAUGUAAUGACAGAAGACAAACUGGGGAUAAAUCCUUUGAAUAUCAUGAAAAUAGGAAUUCCUACCACAUAUCAGCCCACAAAGUACGACAGCGAAGUCACUCUGAAGUAAAACCCUAUAAGUGUAAUGAAUGUGGUAAAUCUUUCUUUCAAAAAGGACAUCUCAUUCAACAUCAGAGAACUCACACAGGAGAGAAACCAUUUGAAUGUAAUGAAUGUGGAAAAACCUUCUCCCAGAAGUCACACCUCAGUACACAUCAGAGAAUUCACAGAGCAGAAAAACCCUAUAAGUGUAAUGAAUGUGGGAAAACAUUUGUCCAGAAGUCAACCCUCAGGGGACAUCAGAGAAUUCAUACAGGAGAGAAGCCUUAUAAAUGUAGUGAAUGUGGGAAAACUUUUGUUCAAAAGUCAACCCUCAGAGAUCAUCACAGAAUUCACACAGGAGAGAAAUCCUUUCAGUGUAAUGAAUGUGGGAAAACUUUUGGUCAGAAGUCAAACCUCAGAAUACAUCAGAGAACACAUAGUGGUGAGAAAACAUAUCAGUGUAACGAAUGUGAAAAAUCGUUCUGGCGAAAAGACCAUCUCAUUCAACAUCAGAAAACACACACAGGAGAGAAACCUUUUAAAUGUAAUGAAUGUGGGAAAACUUUUGCCCGGACAUCAACCCUUAGAGUGCAUCAAAGAAUUCAUACUGGGGAGAAACCAUUUAAAUGUAAUGAAUGUGGGAAAAAAUUUGUCCGGAAGGCAAUCCUUAAUGAUCAUCAGAGAAUUCAUACAGGAGAGAAACCUUUUCAGUGUAAUAAAUGUGGGAAAACUUUUGGCCAGAAAUCAAACCUCAGAAUACAUCAGAGAAUUCACAGUGGUGAAAUCUUAUAA